AUGAGGAGGUCACCUCUGCCCUUGCUGGCCUCCGUCCCGGGUCCGACGCGACGACGAGUCCUCUGCUCUUCCGACCCAACUCCACGAUGGCCUCGCCGACCGCAAGCGCAAUGUAGAACCCUCGCCUCCUCCGCCACGGCUAUCGAGGCGUCCGGCGACGUCACGCCGCCCCUGCCCGACUCAUGUCCUAAGCUGCCGUUCCGCUUCGAGACCGGCUUUGCGCUGUUUGCGAAACGGGCCCCCAGACCAUUCCCGCCGCCCUUCCACUCGCCGCCGUCCGGCUCUUUCUCCGACCCUCUGAGCACGCACCACCAGAGUCGUCACAAGCGCGCAUUCGUGGAUGGGGAGCUUAUUCGCGGGUGGACGAACGGGGACGAUGCGGUAUAUGCGAGCGACCACUUCAUAUGCGCCAACGAUGGGGUAGGCGCAUGGUCAGCUCGGCCACGGGGUCAUGCCGGCUUAUGGUCAAGGUUAAUACUACACUUCUGGGUGUCGGCUAUGCAAGAAGACAUUACAAGAGUCCGGUCGCCGGAUCACCCCUAUAGCCCAGAUCCCGUACGAUAUCUUCAAGAAGCCUUCGAGCGCACAACCGAGGCCACCGCCGCCCCAAUAGAUUGCCAAGGGACUACGACAGCAACUGGAGCACAGCUCUUCUACAAGGGUGACGCGGCCAACAGGACGUCGCCUGCGACACCGCUGCUAUACGUGACAAACAUUGGGGACUCAUCCAUUUGCGUGGUGCGUGUAAAGGGCCAGAAGAUGAUAUAUAGAUCAAAAGAGCAAUGGCACUGGUUUGACUGUCCGAGACAACUAGGAACGAACAGUCCAGAUACCCCAGUUCAGAAUGCGGUCAUGGACACGGUCGAGCUCCACGAAGGCGACAUUGUCCUUGCCAUGUCCGACGGCGUCAUCGACAAUCUCUGGGAGCACGAGAUCGUCGAGAACGUAACGAAGAGCGUCGAGCGUUGGGAGGCCGGAGAAGGGGACUCGGCCGGGGGUGACCGCGAACACGGUGCGAAUGGCGGCAUGACAUUCGUUGCGGAGGAGCUCAUGAAUGCGGCCAAGGAUAUUGCGACUGAUCCUUUCGCGGAGAGCCCGUUCAUGGAACGGGCCAUCGAGGAGGGGUUGGCGAGCGAAGGAGGAAAACUCGACGACAUAAGCGUCGUUGCCGCAUUAUGUCGACGAAACUCGGCCAGCUAA